AUGAGAAGUUUAAUAUUUUCAAAGGGCAUACCAGCGUUUUAUAGUAGUAGAUAUCAAAUUCAUCAUCAAAGCAGUUCCCUAGUCGAGGUUCCUAAGCUUGCCUUGGCUGCUGAGUACUUCUUUAAAAUGGGCGUGGAAGGAAAAAGAUUUCGUCCCACAGUGGCAAGCCUUCUUCAUGAUGAUGUAUUGGAUGAUGCAGUUACCAGACGUGGUAGGGGUUCAUUAAAUUUUGUAAUGGGAAAUAAGUUGGCUGUAUUGGUUGGAGAUUUUUUUGCUUUCCCGGACCUGUGUCACUCUGGACUCUUUAAAGAACACAGAGGUACAGUAAAUCGGUAA